AUGAUCGCCCUUGGAACAAUCGCAUACGUGCUGGCACUGUUCAGCGUUCUCGUUCUCAGUGCCGCGGCGCGUCCAACCGGGCUUAUCGUAAGCAGGACGAUCGAUUCGCCUGCGAGUGGUAUCAAGACAUGUCUCGAGGGGGAUGCGGGCUGCGCGGUGGCAAGCAAUGUCGCUGGAAUUCUGUUCGGUUUGGGAAGGUUGGUGCCCAGCGCAGCCAGUUCAGCGACGAUAUCUCCAGUUGGACAUACGCCAUUAUUCAGCCUGUCAGUUCCUAGCCCUUCUAGCUCAACGACGAUAGCUCCAGAUGCCUUUUCGCCGUUGUUCGGUCUAUCGAUUUCGGACACUUCCCAUUCAGCGACGCUCAGUCAUGUCGCUAGUAGACCGUCCGCUUUUGGUCAGUGGAUGUCGAGCAUGGCCACUUCAGCGUCGAUGAGUUCUUCUGAGAGCCGAAUUUCUUACAGUUUCAUAUUUGUGCCGACAACUAGCUCAACGAGCUCAACGACAACUAGAUCAACGACAACCAGUUUAAAGACAACCAGCUCGAAGACGGCAAGUCAUGUCGCAGGCCGGCCUCCCGCUAUCGAUUCGACGACGACGAUAACAAGCACUUCAACAAUCACCGCCAUCGAAACGGGUGCGCCGGAACCUCUCGAAGCAACAACCGUGUGGAAAACGAUAUACACGAAGAAAGCGACGACAACUACCACUAGCAACUCCUCAACGGCAAGCCUAUCUGCUGGACAGAAGAUGGAUCAGCCCACGCCGUCGUUAUUUAUACCAACUUCCACAACCUCGAAUCUAGCAGCAGCGUCGAGUAAUUCCGUAUCACCGCCUAGCAUUAUAAUCCCACAGAUUGGGUUCACUGCGCGAAUAAAACCUUCCCAUACUACAUCCACAGAGGAUCUAAUGAGAGAUUUCACCACCGUGACUCUCAAGCUUACCACUACAGUCCAUCGCAACGAAUCCACUUCCUCUCCUGCUCGCCAUCCCACAACAGUCAUCAAAAUCCCCGUCACUGUCACCGUUACUUCAAGAACCACCGUAUCCACUCCCCAACCUACUCUUACUCGUUCAACCGCAACAGCAUCGCCUCCACCUUCCUCCUUCCACACCCACGACACGGAUACGUCAUCCACAAGUAGUAAUCCAACACCGUCUACUCCAACCCUCUCCUCCGAGGCUCUUAGCACAGGUACAUCAUCCACAACAAGCAGCAACCCAACAUCAUCGCUAAGUAUCGUCCCGAUGGCGUCUCUCUCGAGCUUCAUCGUGAGACAUACGGUGACCAGGUCGAUGACCCAGCCCACGGUGACCGUGACAGAGACGCUGGAAGACAUCCCGCAGAAGACGUUAGAAGGUAAGUCCCGGGAGACAAACGUGAGGGUGAAACCGGGAGUACCUGCGGCCUCAUUAGAGGAAAUGGCCACCAGAAUACCGCCAGGAAACGCUCCUGGAACCCCCCUAGAAGCGAUCCCCCCCAAUUCCUCGGGCGAGCCACCCAGCAGCCCUGCUGACGACUCCUCAGGCGAUCAAUUGGCCUCACCAACUAAUAAUCUCCGAUUCCAAACGCGGGGCACCUACUCUGACGGCGACCCGAUGUCGCGGCUAAUAGCGCGACGGUUCACGAAGCGGGAGGAUAACGAUUUCGAAGCGAACGGGGAACUGACGCUGGCGGGGAAGAUCGCGCUAGGAUUGUGCGUGGGGAUUGUGUUCUUGUUAGGGGUGGCGUUGUGGUAUUGUACGGGGUUGUCGGAGGGAGGAAGUAAUGUGUUUCGGCGAAGGCAGAUGUGAUGGGAGAAUGCAAAGGCGACUAAGUCGUUUGUAGGGUAUUGUAGUGCCCUACCAUCAAUGAGAGGAAGAAUGAAAGGGCGGGAAAAACACCCAGUAGAUUAUAUUUCCUUUGUUUGGCAUUGCUGUCAUACUACUUCUCAUCUGCCUUCCCUAUAUCUAACAUCCGCCAAUCGCCUCCCCACCACCGCCCUCUCGCGGGCCCAGAUCAGACCGGAGACAUCGGUUGAAGACCUCCAUGAGCAUGGAAAAACAAAUGUUAGAAAUAGCCGGAUCAUAUCGACCUUUUGACAACUCGUCGCGAAUGAAUGCAUCUAUGCAUUGUUAGACGACUGUCCACUCAACCAAAAUGUUUCGUUC